AUUUAUCUCACCAAAAUACUUAACCGUUCGGCUUCUAGAGAUACUUAAGGUGGCGACACCAAUUUUGCAACCCGUCCAAAUUACAGAAAUUAGGUUAAAAAUAAUGCAAACUUUGUAGAAGGAUUUCUAAAGUUUCUACCCACCUUCCUGCUCAAAAAAAAGUUUUUUAUCUCUAUUAUUAAACUUUUGUUUCGUGUAGAAAUUAAUAAAAAAAAAGAUGAAAAAUCCCUGGCAAAUUGACAAAGGCAAAGCUAAGGUUGGGAAAAUGCCUUAAAUUUGCUGUUUUCCGUUCAAUUUGUUCCAUGAAAGAGCAAAUGUUGGGAUUUCAGCACUAGUCUUUCCCCUUUUCUGGGGAUUGCUUCAUUAUUUUUACAGAAAAUUAAUUUGCGAUUUUGGCUACAACUAAUUACAAGUUUUAGAAAAGAUAUGUAGCCAUUUACAAUUAAAAUAUUUUAUUACGUUCCGUAAUAUGUUUAAACCUAAUAUCCUCAAUUUGGACAAGUGGCAAUAUUGGUGUCGCCACCUUAAGUAACUAUAGAAGGCGAACGGUUAAAUAUUUUGGUGCGAAAUAAUGCAACGAUUAACGUAAUAUGUUCAUUGAUAAAAAAAUUUUAAAUUUGAAUAUUCAAUCACAGGUAACGGUGUAGUACCACAAAAUAUGAUAGGGGACAUUCUUUGGGGGACACCCUGCAUGUAUAGAUGCAUAGUUGUAAAACCUACAAAUAUACCAUAUCUGAGUUGUAAUCGGCAUGCAGUGUGAAUAUUGAGUUCAUAUAAGUUGUAUAGUGCCAGGCUGUCAAAUGCUCACGAACAGAAGCAUGGCGGUAUAGAUGAUUUGAAACAGAAACGCCCAGUACCGCUAUCACAAAUUAUUAACUUCUUAUUAACCGAACGCGAGGUCUGUACAGAGAAAUAUCAGACCAAGGUCUUUUUUGUAUAGACCGAGCCCGUAAGGCGAGGUUUGUACAAAAGGACCGAGUUUCGAUAUUUAUCUGUACAUACCGAGCAAGCGAGGUUAAUAAAAAGUUUAUUAUAUGGCAUUUAUACUUGAAACAAACAAGAAAUGCAUGAUUUGAAAUGCAUAUUAGUAGCGUGGUACACAUUUGGUCAAAGAAAACAAAAAAAUACCAAUGUGUUUCUUCCUUUCCACUUUCCCAUUCGCAGAUAUCUUAUUAAUAACAAAUUAAAUUAUAAUUUACAAAUUUUCAAUAGACCUUUCCCCUUAUAACUAAAAUUUUGAUCUAGACAAGUCUAGACAAAAAUUUCAUCACAGCUUGAAAGAGCAUCACAAAAUUAGUAAUAUAAAAAAAAAACAAAAAAAAAACAAAAUUAGUAAUAUUACGAAGUUUCGUUGCGAAAUGUUGUAAAAUGCGGAUAGUAUAGCCCUGCGAAAUUUGCAAUUUUCAGUCAUGUUGUAUUACAAACGGGAAAUUGAUGCCCCAACACCCGAUUGGGCUGUCAAUUUCCCAUGCGUAAUACAAAAUGACUGAAAAACGGCAGAUUUCGAAAGGCUAUAUCCGCAUUUUACAACAUUUCGCAACGAAACUUUGGAAUAUUACUAAUUUUGUGAUGCUCUUUCAAGCUGUGAUGAAAUUUUUGUCUAGAUCAAAAUUUUAGUUAUAAGGGGAAAGGUCCAUUAGUUUUGCUGUUUUGUUUUAAAAUGCACGUAUUUGUUUAUUACGGGAAAAUAAUGGAGCGCUGAAAGUGCUUCUCAGCCAAUCACAGUCUGCCAUUUUACCGGAAGUGAUACAGAUGCUUGCCAUAUAAUAAUUAGAGAUGAUGAUUUAUGCACGUUUAUAUAAUACAACCCAACGCAAAAUUUUAAAUUGAAGAGUAUGAUGUCAAAAAGUGAAUGCGCCUAUGCAUUUCUCAAGGACGUUAUGAUCUUUGUGCACCGUGCUGCUGUUUGCUUUGCAAAGUAGAGUCGAACUUUAUAAGUUACAAUGGUCCUAAAUAGAGGUGCAAGGGCGGUGGGCAGUUGAGGAUUAUCCCCAUAUCUUUCUGGGCUGAAUUCACUUGUUUGGCAUUUCUUGGAAUCUAUACUGUUUGAGUGUAUGCGCCGCAUCAACAGUGACUACAAUGUAUGUGUAUACAUGGUUCUUAUCAGUAGUGAUGAACGUCUUUCUAUUUUCAAACCAAGCAUAUGCCCAAACUAUCUUAUCAAACUAUCUGUAAUAAUAUAGUGUUUUUGUAUAUAACCUGGGAUAUCCACCCACUUUAAGACAAAUAAAGAGAACAUAACUGUUAUAAAUAGUACAAUAUACUGUUGUGAGAUAAACAAUGUAGUUCAAAAACAAUGACCAGAUAUGAAUGGCAAUGCUAUAUCUUCUGAGUGGAAAUCCUUUGCUUCAACUUUCAUGAAUAUUGGUAUUAUCGUACAGUGAAGUUUUUAAAAGGAAAAGUAUAACAAUUCCAUUUUUGCCAAUGUUCAGAUGUGGUUACGAAUACGGUUCAUCCAGGUUCGCUACUAUAAAUCUUUUAGAUGCGUAGUCAAUUUGUAUCGUUUGCAAAGAGUUUGCACACGCUAGAUGACCUCAAAUCUUGUGAGCAUUUUACAUUUCGUAUGUCAUCUGUGUUAUUGUUACUGCUCGUGGUUUGUUACUUUUAAUGUCUAACUUGUCGUAUUGCUGGCAUUUACUUUUGUUGUUAUUUCUAUUUGCGUGUUGCUAUUGCUUGCUUGUUAUAUGUUUCUGUAACGUUUACUGCAUGUUAUUGUGAUUGUUGAGCCUUGGUCAAACGAGGUUGAGAGUUUGAUGAGACAGCUCUCGCUCGCGUUUCACCGCCAGCUUCCAUGCUCUAUCGUCAACUCUCAUCCUCUUUGAGAUCGUUCAAAAUUUUACGAGAGUAUAUAACAAAGUUUUCGCCCGUUUUUUGAUGGUUAUACGCGCGGUAAUAUCCUAGCCUGUGAACUUUUCAAGCAACCCUUGCAUGCACUCUUGUCCUCGUUUGACCAAGGCAUGAGAACUGAUAGAGAAGACUCUCAUGCAAACUCUCGCUAACCAAGGGCGCUUUCCAUUCAAUGGUCUGACCGGUCAGACCUGAAUUUUUGUCUCUGUAUCAAUGGAAAGAUCUGGUCUAUAUUUCUCAAAUAUCUAGCGAAAAUGGACCUCAUUCUAAUUUUAUCUAAAUUUUCCGGUCAGAUAGGUCCGAACCCAAAUGUUUUGUGUUCCAUUCAACCAUUUGACCGUUCUAACCGGUCUGGCCGUGUUAACGGAAAGCGCCCCAACUCUCAUCAACUCUCAUCCUAAUUUGACCAGAGCUUUAUUGUCAGUGUUAAGUCUGGUUUACACUAUCAAUGAAAGUUUCUGUGAUCACAGUAGGAAUUUUGCAUGGGUAAAUUCUAAGUUUUGAAGGAUUUGUAAGAAAUGUUUGAGGGAACUGAAUCAGUAAUUAAACAGCGAGUCCGUUUCCUAAAAAAUAUCUUCCAAAAUUCGUCAAAACUUAGAAUUUACCUAUGCAACAACAGCCUUCAUUGUUACUGUUGCUGUUAUUGUCACUAUUGUUACUGUUACUAUUAUCACAGCUGUUUUCACUGUCGCUGUUAUAAUUAGUACUCUUACUGUUCCUUUUUUGCUGCCAUUUCAUUACCGUUGCUGUAUUGUCUCUGUCAUUUUGGUUCAUGGUUUCAAGUAUGGUUUAUAUAUCAGGAACUUGUUUUUUCACCAGUACUGGCUUUCGGUUAAACCUUUUCUAUCCAAAGCAAGACUGUCCUUCAUGCAGUAAAUAUGGAAAUUUCUAACAACUUUUUAUUUUUCAGGAUCGGACAACUCCUCCUACACCGCACGAGACACGCGUGCUCACACCGUCCGAAUCAUUACCAAACAUUCGUUAUGGCAAAGUGACGGCUGUUGGAAUUCCAUAUGUGAGUAGUUAGUUUAACUUUGAGUACUGACUUCUUUUUCAUAACGCCUCUGCGCUGAAGUGCAAGAUAGGGGUAAAUCUUGGCUGUAAUUUCAUGCACCUCCCCUAAAAAAUGAUGGAUCAGAGUCAAAAUUUGACUCAAACUUACCAUGUCACGUAGCAUAACAACGUUUUUCAUAUACAAUUGAAAAAGUUCUCAUUCAUCUCUGUGCCAAUUACAUUUUUUAAUGCAAUGUUUCGAAUGAAACUUCGCAGUUGGAACAAGGGACGAAAUUGGACGAGUAAUAGAGCCAUAAUUCCUAAAUACAUUCAUUUGAUAGAUAUUAUGUACAGCACAUAAUCAUAAUCAUUAUGUAUAGCAUACAUCAUGAUCACGUAGUUUACUUCAGGGGUACGUUCUAAAAUAGUCCUUUUUUAACCAUCCCAGGGAAGCUGUGGGCGAGACUGCUGCACCUCGCCUAAAUUUUUUUCUACCUCGUCCCGGAAUUUCCACCAAAAUCCGGCCUUUCCUUAAAUGCGGAUCAAUACAUUGCCACAUAAAUCGUCACUAGAUUUUAUGUCGCACCUUAUCUGCGUGUGUAUUGUCCAUAAUCGUGAUCCUCGAUGCUAAAUUUCAUGACUCCGAAGCAGAUAGGAAACUUUACGUGUGUAAUGCAUAAUUUGUAAUAAGCAUAAUUCGCUUCUUCAGCCCUUAACCGUAUUUAUACUAUAGAUAGCUUUACCAGACUUAUAGGUGUAUCAGUUCUAACCGUUUCUUUUAAGUGGCUCAGUAAGGGCCAUCAUCACAGUAUCUGAAGAAAAUCUGUGUUGUGUAAGUUUUAUAUCUUAAAAUAUGCAUGAAACAUUUUCAAUUAUGAUCUGCCGAGACGUGCCGAUUCCUUUGAAAUUGCACUGUGGUGUAAUUCACAAGUAUAAAUUUUUCAUUUAUGUUGUUAAAAAGUACUGUUGUAGUAUCGUUUCUCGUUCCAUUUGAAAAAUGAGCACUCGUAAGUUUUUAAAAGAUCUCGCACUUACCUUUUUCCAAAGUGCAUUCGAAACCAUGUGAUGACUUAUUCUACAUUCCGCAGAUCCUAAAAUGGUUCAUAUGAUGUAUUGAAGAUUUCCCCUUUUAAUUUCCCUAAAUAUGUUUCUCUUAAUUACCUUUUCUAUUGCUGAAUGCUUAAAACUAAAGGCUUAAAAGUUGACGCUUCUUUUUCUCUAAUCAAACAGGGCACUCCUAUCUCCUUUGGCGCUGGUAGUCUUCCUAACUUGCAGAGCAUACCAGGUGCGGCAAAUAUGGACCAAGCUCAAUUGAAUCAAAUGUUACUAAAUUCCGCCCUAGUGGCUGGCAUGCUACCACAGAACCAGGAACAAAGACAAUUUCACAAUCGACUUCAAAGUCAAAUGCUAAGCCAAGUACUUUCAGAAGGUAUUGACGAGGAGACUGAAGAUGGAGUGAAUGCAGCAGCUCUACGCCAUGCUCAACUCAAGGCAUUUGCUCUUACGCAGGCUCAGUUACGCGCCCAAGCAGGCGCGGGCGCUAUGGCUGUUAACGGUGGUGCUAGUGUAAGCGGACAACCUAACCCGCUUCGCCGAAGCCCGCAAUUAUCUCCUCCCAGCAGUACUACGGUAAAACGACACAGACCCCUACGUCAAACGCAAUCGGCUCCCGGACUAUCAUUACCCAAUAACCUACAUGCGCAACAACAGUUUCAAAAACAAACACAAUUACUGUUACAGCAACAGCACCAAGCACAACAACUACUGCGCUUGCAACAGCAACAAGCGUUACAACAUGAACUCUUGCGGCAGCAACUAGGUCAACAAAAGUUCGAACAACUCUUAAUGCAACAACAUCAGUCUAAAUUACAAGCUGAAAAAGAUUCUAAACUAUUGAAAGAACGCCUAGAGGCCCAACAGAACGAACAUUUAGCUUUAUUACAACAAAAGCAAAGAGUAUUAAGCGAAGAUCAAGAAGCAAAUGCCGUAAUGGAUCAAUUUAAACGACAACACAAGUUAAUGCAACAUAUGAUUCCUGAGCGGGUACACGGACUUCAACCCACUGCGCCUGCGCACGACUCGAACACUCCCGCACAUCGGCCGCUCUCGCGCGCGCAUUCGUCACCGAUCGUCGUUGGUCGUAUUGCUGGACAACCAGCCACUACGGGCCUUGUGUAUGAUACUUUAAUGUUGAAACAUCAGUGUACGUGUGGUGAUGUCAGCUCACACCCGGAACAUCCUGGUAGACUGCAGAGUAUUUGGGCGAGGUUGCAAGAGACUGGGGUCGUGUCACGAUGCGAGGUAGCGUAUACAUACACACUUAAGUUUGUUGACAAAUUUUUUCGAAUUUUGCAUUUUCAAAUUCGUUGCUAAGUUUAAAAAAUUCAUAAUGAAAUUCGCAAGUCCUGUACUGCACUGCACUUUACCUCAGAUCACAUGAUGUUUUCCUUCCUGUUUUUGUUUAUUGUCAUAAUCCGUUACGUUUUAUCUUUCCAGCGAGUUAGGUCUAGAAAGGCAACAUUAGCAGAAAUCCUUACUGUUCAUAGGUAAGCGAAAAAUACAAUAAUGCUAUACUAUAAAUGUUCUUUUUUUAUGUCCAGUACUUGGAAAAGCAAAUGGCUCGUUAAUUAUUCAUCUCCGUCCUCUGGACCUCUCGUUCGCGCGCGGCCUUCAUUAGAGACCUUACGAUUUAGGACGGUAACCCGACGGCAACGGCUACCAAUACAAUAAACCAUUGAAAAGAAUUGAAUAAUUACAAUAUAUGAAUAAUUUAGACAUUGUUCUCGCCCUGUUUACAAUGCCAAAUCACAGAUUUUCACGUCUUGAUACAACGGCUGCAUUUCAAGCCGCAACAAGUGCAUUCAAACUGGGUUCAGCAGAACUCUUCCCAACUAUAAAACCCAUGUCUUCAACUUCUAAGACUGUAUUAAAUUCGUACGAUUGAUAAUAUACGACGAAUUAUCUUUACUACCAUUUAUUUGAAGGAGUUCGUUUUGGCCGUCGUCGUCGCGUUGCCGUCCUAAAAUCGUAAGGUCUCUAUCGGCCCUUUAAAAAAACUUGCGGUCGUUCUAAUGCGCAUGCUUGUGAAUUCAUAUAGGACGAGAAACGGAAGUAUUAGGAAGAAACGAAGUAUUUGUGUUGACAUGUUUUGAAAAUGGCCCAACUUCUGGUAAUUGCCUGGCGAAAAUUGCCCAACUUCCGGUAAUUGCCUGGCGAAUAUUGCCCAACUUCCUGUAAUUAGCGGUUCGAUCUCUGAGAAACCGGCCAGACAUCUCCCUUUUUGUUGUCUAAUCCAGGGUGUGAUUUUCAACGAAUGAUUGUUAUCAUCUUGAACUGAACAUUAAAUUUGCUGAAUCAGGCACCGUGACUUAUUGCAAUACACGCAUCCUGCCUCAACAUCUCGGCCCGCGGGAUCACAAACUAAAAAUUUCAUUACGCGCUCUCUCUCUGAUCAUAGGCACAUGAGCAAAAGUACAUAUGUUUAAUUUUUACACAGUAGUCAUUCAGUGGUAAUGAUUUUAAAUAUAUUGUUCUCUGAUUGCAGUGAACAACAUACCAUGCUCUAUGGUGGAAGCACCCAAUUGAGAUCCAGAGGAGAAAACGGUAUGUAUAUGUAAACUCUUGCAAUCGUACUCAAAAUUGUGAAAUAUCCAGUUGUUCGUCGGAAUCUAAUGUUCUAUCAGUAAAGGAUCUAUUACCGAACCUGUAACUAAAACUCAACUUUAAAUAUAUCCCUUCGAUUCUCCCAUUCUUAACCAGAAAUCUUCAUUCUCUUCUGUAGGUGAUAUGACGACCUUAAAGUGUUUUACAACGCUUGGUUGCACUGGCUUGGGUGUUGAUGCUGAUACGAUAUGGAAUGAAGCACAUAGUGCAAAUGCGGCCAGGAUGGUAAGUCUUUUGCACAGGCGGAAAUCUCGGUGGGGCGGGCUUCGUGGAAAAUGAAGAAUUUUCGGAAAUUUUGACCUAAAAGAGGGCUAAAAACAACCUUUUCGAGUGCAAAUGGGGGGGGUGUCGGAAAUUUGAAAGUUUUGUCGGAAAUUUGGAAGGCUUCGCCCCGCACACACACACACACCGGAAAAAGUGAAUUUCCGCCACUGCUUUGGCACUUUCUUAUGUUCUCCGCAUUCUUAUGUUCUCCGCAUUCUCGUGUUCCAUUUAUCAGUAAGCAAUGUACAUCAGCAAUGUACCAGGCUCUUCGUAUGCCUGCAUCGCCCUAACCCUCCUUGAAAAAGGGGAGGGAGGGAAAGAUGGCACGCGAUAUCGCCUAAACUCAUAUACAUGAUAGCCGCCUUUCGGUAACCGUGUAUCGAAAUAAUAAACGUACUUAAAUCUCUAUAGUCAUGGCACAGUACUUUAACUCUAUUUCACAAACAUUAUUAACCAACAUAAAAAUACAACAUAAUCACUUCGUUAGACAAUUGUGUUGUCGUAGAAUUCAGGUGGGAGUUAAACUUGCUAUAACCAGUACUUUUAAUUCAUUACAGGCCGUGGGUUGUGUAACUGAACUUGCAUAUAAAAUUGCAUCUGGUGAUCUGAAGGUUAGUUUUCUCAUAACAUUCACACUUGAGCGCCCGACACUUCGUCAAGCAUUCAAAUUUAAGUUGCCAACAUGUUAUUUCAAAAGAGGCCAACUUGUUGGUCCAACAUCCAAUAGCAUCCAACAUGUUCGCCUCGUGUGAACACUAUGUUGGGUAUGAUUUUGGAUGAUGUUGGAAGAUGUUGAAUCGGGUUUGACUUUGUUUAAAAUUUUCAUCCAAUAUUGUGCAACAUUUGACGAUUACACGUGAUCGUCGAGCACGCUUCCGCAACAUUUCCCAACAAUGUUGUGCGAUGUUGAACUAGUUUAAACGGGGCGGAAGUUGACAUUAGACAGCUUGAGAUCUACGACGUCAGCUAGGACGUCACUUGCUCGUCGUCCGCCAAACAUCGACAACUUCACAACAAGAGUUUUUCCGUCGUGGUUACAAGAGCAUAUAUUUAUAAAAUUCAUUUUCAAAAGGAUGUAAAUACUUAUAGUUUAAAGGUCGACACCGUGAGUCUUAAGUGGAUGUUUAUUUAGGACGACGUCAUAGUCUCAUUCCUCUGCUCAGCCCUGACGUCCUAGCUGGCGUCGUAUAGAUCUUAAGCUAUCUAAUGUCCAGGGUGCAAUCAUUUGCGUAUUUGCGUACCGGAGAUACGCCAAUAUUACGGUCUAGAACUUCUUUGUUUUCAGUCACGUACCGUACGUAUCAGGUACGCGGAACUUUUGCUAUUUGCUCGCUUUACCGUAAUUAAGUCCGUAUAUGUGUAAAUUUGACAUGUUUUUGCACGAAACAUGAUCGGACUGAUGGGACUAUCACUAAAGAAUGUUGGACGAUUGUGGUGCAUAUAUGUGCAAUUGUGCUCCUUUUUAUAACUCGUAGUUUCAAGUUACUGAAUGAGAAUACCUUGUACUUUAUAUACUUUAUUUUUAAAAAUUAAGUACACCUUGAUUCUAAUGUUUGUACCAUCUCAAUUACGCGGAAAUAACCAGUGCCAGUCAAAUACGACUAAAAAUCUUGAAUUAUUGCACCCUAAAUGUAAAAUUUUCAGUUUUCUAAAUGACUGCUUCUAUAAAUAUAUUGCUAUAUUACCAUACAUGAAUAUUAUACAGUAUCUGUUCAGUGUUCAUACAGUUAUAUCGUAUCAACAUCCCCAGCUAAUAUAUCUUGUUUUUAGAAUGGCUUCGCAGUUGUUCGUCCGCCUGGACAUCACGCGGAAGCCCAUCAGGCCAUGUGAGUAUUUAAAACUAAUGUACCAAUUUGUAUUUUCUUAUUAACUACACAUUGAAAAGAAUGUCCAACUUUAUCCUGACAAAAUAAUCUGCCAAAAUUUGAAGCUCGACUCUCUUUUCGUGGAUGUUAAUUCCGUUCUGGUUUUAGAAACGAAAUUCUAGAAAGGCCAUGAAGUGUGACUUCACAGUUGACAUAACAAAAUAAAACAAAAUACUCUUUUCAUGAAAGUGAAAUGUUUCAAGGUUUUUUACUAUUAGGAGUUUCGUUUAUUUGGAGAAUUGUUGCGAAUUUGACUGUUAUUAAAGAGUAAUAACGGCCCAAGUUUAUCCUAUUCGUGUAAGAAAGAAUGUACAACCACAUAUUUUUCUUGUAACUUAUUUAUUUCGAAUAAUUUUAGUGAAAACGGUUGAAAAGUUUUGCCUUUUAAUUUAUAUCAAUGUCAGAGCUUUGGGAAAGGCCUAUUCAUUUAUAUCAUUGCGGUCACUUGACUAUAAAAAUAAUGGAGUGACAUAAAUGGUCAUGUUGAUGUUCUGUUUCUCUUUUAGGGGCUUUUGCUAUUUCAACUCUGUCGCAAUAGCAGCCAGAUUACUUCGGUUGCGAAUGUCAGUGGAAAAAGUCCUCGUAAUUGACUGGGUAUGUUUGAAGUGUUUACUUAAUGUCACACACACGAAAACGAGGCUCUAUAACCGAAGUAACGGACUUUCCUGAAGGAUUUAUUACUUAGACUAAUGUGUCAGCAUUACAAGCUUUUCCAAAAUGCACUGCGGCUCCAUUCAUGCACUAACUCUGAGUUAAUAACCAGCUUUCGAACAGCCGAUUUACGGACGUUUUUCGAAUUUAUUUGCUGUAUUUGUUCGUCAUGAAGAUUGCCGUAACAAUGGGCGUUGCUUUCUGGGGAUUAACUAUGUUAAAUAAUGAUUCAAUGCGAUUAACUUAUCAGUGUGUCUAACAGCAAUGAAAAUCCCUGUUUAAACAUACAGUAACCUUUAGUGUACUAUGACACCCCGAAUACAGUAGUCAAGCCCAAAGUCUCAUUCACCAUGGCCAAAGUGAAACCUAAUUUACACUGUACCUUUAUUUCGCAUGCAGCCAAUUCAUGCCGCGCGAAAUUUUUGGCAUUUCGCCGUAAGUAAAGCACCAGCAGAAAUGCAUCUUGCUGUAAAAAAUCCGAUUGUCAGUGUUAGCUUUAUUUGCUGUUAUGAGGUAAUUAGUGGCGGACACAGGGGGAGGGGGGGGGGGGCGCCCCUCGAUAAUUUCUGAAAGUCUUUGAAUGAUAACUGUGUAGGGAUUAGGGAAAAUGUAACACUAAUUUUUGAACGAUGAAAGCAUUGGUAAGCUAUAAACUAAGCUAUAUAUUGCAUGAAAUUUAAGGAAAAAAAGUUUAGAGAACUAAGAUUUCAAGCUACAAAGGUGGGCAUAUGUUGCAAACGUAAUUGCCCAAUAUGGCAAUAUUUGUGAUACCACUGAUGAGGUAAUUCUAACAAUUUAGCCGUUAUUUAUAGCAGGUGUUAUUUGUUUUCUUAGGAUAUUCACCAUGGCAACGGCACACAACAAAUGUUUUAUGAUGAUCCGCACGUUCUGUACAUCUCAUUGCAUCGUCAUGAUGACGGCACGUUCUUUCCUGGCACCGGAAAACCAGAGGAGGUAAGCAACACUCGUUAAAUUCAAAAUUCUCUAUUUUCUUUCAACUUUUCCUAAUUAGUAUAGGUAAUAGUAUGGUUUCCAGUGCAAUUUGGACAAAACACGCACGAGUGUGUUUUUCAAAGACGAUCAAAGAGUUGCACGAGGUCUGAAGUCUUUGAAAAUGUGUUUGUUUUUCCCAAUUGGACAAGAAACCACACCACAGGCUAAAGAGGCAUUUUCUUUUUAAUUUUGUAGUUUACACAUGCAGUUAGCAACCGUUUUAAAUCUAUCAGACGGUUGAGAAUCACAAAAUAAUAGUUAAAUAUUGUCAAUUUAAGUACAAUUGUCAUUAAUGCUGCGCUUGCCAUGCACGUAUUUCUUUUUUUGGCUCUGUAUUCGAUAAAAUUACACUCCUCUUAGCCAAUCAGAAUGGAGUAAUUUUUCAUGUAUAUUAUUAUGAGAGUAAUUGCAACAAUGCGAAGUGUAUUUCUGUCGAUGUGAGAAUAACUAGAAUCGUAAAACAUUCAAUUUAAUCCUGUCAUUUAAAGCUGUCAAAAUGAUUGCGUGACACGAUCGAGACAUAAAUAUGUAAAGCAUUUUCUAUGUAUUUGAUAGCAAUAUUGUAUUAUUUUAUAGCAAACAAACAAAUGACUACUAAUAAUUCGGCGAUAGAAAUAACAAGACCUGAUUUAAAGGAAAAUGCAAACCCAAAAUGGCUGAAUGCAUAACGAUUUUGUUUGAAAUGAAGUGUACAUGCAUGUAAUAUCUUUUAUACCAAGAACGGUAUAGAAAAUCUGUAAAAAGGUUUUGAAGUACAUUGAAUUCCUCUUCCAAAUGGGAGAAACUUAAUUUUUAUUGCUAUUUCCCUUAACUGAUCAUUUUAUUCUUCUUUGCUCUUUUUCAGUGCGGAGCUGGAGUUGGUGUUGGUUACAAUGUGAACAUUGCUUGGAAUGGUGGCCUGGGUAAGAAGAAUUACUCAUUGUACUUGAGUGGAAUUUACGCCUUUACGGCCGAUCUACUCUUUCCACACCGACAGAAGCCGUAAAAGUUUAGUCUUUAGCCUAGUUCCCAAUUGUAACGUAAUUGUCGUGAGCACGCCAAGCUAGUAUAUGUAAUAGUGUGGUGAUUUAUCUCUACAUACAUGUAAGUCAGGAAAGUCCGGUUUGAAUACAGUACUACAAAAAUCCAUCUUCUUUAGUUCUAUCGAACGAGCAGCCCACUUCUAUUGGCACCAUGCACUUCAUUAUAUAUACGUGAAUCUGUGGUUAAUGCUCAGCAACUGAUCUCUGUAGUUCUAUCGGUUAGAGCACUGCAUCGGAAUCGCACGGCCUCAGGUUCGGUUUUGCCAUGCGGAGGGCCUGUAGUUGCAUUUUUCGUAGCUGCUCCUGGUGCUGUCUACUGUAAAGUGUAUACAAAUUUCAUUCGAAAAUAACAUUCGAAAAUUCCAUCUACAAAAACCCAUACUAUUAGUUCCAUCGAACGAGAUGUCCAAAAUCUCAUCAUCAAUACAAUAGACGUGCUAUUCACAUAGUCGGAGAUGUCUGGGUCACGACAGUUAUGACCAAAUGGAAACCAGGUUUUAUUCAUUUCAUGAUCUGCCUAUGCAAGAAUUUCAAAAGAAAAAUGUAGUUAACUACGUAGGAUCGACGAAUGCAUGCCUGCAUUUAAGCUUCCUAGUCCUGUUGCUGAUUUCUGACAGCAAACGAAAUGUUUGUCGUUCGUUCGUUUCGUAUACCCAUCGACACCCAUGCACACUGUUCAAAUAAUUUUUUCUGUCUUUCACAGAUCCCAUGUUUGGAGAUGCUGAGUAUCUAGCAGCGUUUAGGUAAGUUAAGAAUGGUCUUUAAUAUGACAUGUUCUUUCGGAGUGGCUAUAAGAUGUAGAAUACCUUCCCUUUACCAUACGUUGUCAUCAAAUGAUAUUAGAGACCUUAAGAUUUAGGACGGUAACGCGACGGCAACGGCUACCAAUACAAUAAAGCAUUGAAAAUAAUUGAAUAAUUACAAUUAUAUAUGAAUAAUUUAGACAUUAUCCUCGCUCUAUUUACAACGCCAAAUCACAGAUUUUCACGUCUUGAUACAACGGCUGCAUGUAUUUCAAGCCGUAACAAGUGCAACUUCAAACUGGGUUCAGCAGAACUCUUUCCAACCAUAAAACCUAUGUCUUCAACUUGAUGAUGAUCCAACUACAGAUGAUAUUUUCAUGUUCUUUCCGGCUCAUGUUCCCCAGCGUGGUUCUACUCUGAUAUUUUUUCAAAAGUUUUCGAAAUACAUUCUGACGCAAAUGAAAGCGAUGACAAAUUUAUAUUAAUUGAACGACGGUUCGAUGUCAAGUUCAUUAAAAUUCAUUGGACUCGUUGUAUAAGUUCUCGCACAGCAAUGAACUGUAGUGAACUUGAAAUUGGUGUACGAUGUUUUGUCAUGUAAGAUUACAAAUAAUAUUUUCGCACAAUGUCCUAAACUUGACUACAUAAUAAGGUUCAUUCAUGUUUUUGAAUUUCUAGGACCGUGGUUAUGCCAUUAGCAAGAGAAUUCGCUCCUGAUAUUGUUCUUGUUUCUGCCGGUUUUGAUGCUGCUUGUGGACAUUCACCUCAAUUGGGCGGUUACGAUGUUUCCGCUGCAUGUAAGUAAGAUCAAUCCUUAAGGCUGAUUUACAUUGUCAAAGUUUCUGUGAUCACAGUAGGAAUUCUGAAAAAUGUUGAAGAAAUGUUUGAGGGAACUGACUCGCUGUUUAAUAUACCGAGUCAGUUCCCUCAAAGAUUUCUUACAAAUUCUUCAAGUUAGAAUUUAUCUAUGCAAAAUUCCCUCCUGUGAUCACAGAAACUUUGAUAGUGUAAACCAGCCUUUAGGUACUUUAGCAAAUAUACUUUGAUCGACACUAAUGAAUGUAUAUCUAUAGUGUAUGAGAUUAAACAUGGCACAGUCACUGUGCCAGUGUAGGUAGUGCCAAUAUAUAAGGAUAUUUUUCAGGUAGUUGCAUCCCUACCAAUGAAAGCUUGUUCAUUGUAAAAUGUAAAAUAUUGUUAAAUAUAUAAAUCAUUCUCUUCGUUCAUGCUCAUUUUGAUUCAAAUGCCCAUGUUCAAUUCAUGUAUUGUCAUUUUCAGGUUUUGCAAACAUGACGCGACAGCUGAUGGAAGUCGCUGAUGGUCAAAUUGUAUUGGCUCUGGAGGGAGGGUAAGUUAAAUGCGAGGACCCCCCUCCCCCUCCGUUGAUGGAAUUAUUCACAGAAAUGGGAUAAAUUUAAGCAUGGUUGACUUUUUGUUAUCUGCCCAAGUUAAACGCUUAGGCGGAGAAACCAAGUUUGAACUCUUGAUUGUGUAUAUUUUCUCAUACCAUCUCAAACUCAUUAAUAAUUCAUGAGCAAAUUAGCGAAUGAACUCACCCUAAUUCGUCACAUGAUUGAGGUUGGAUACCGCAAGGAAACACGCUAAAAAUCAUAUACCAUCACUGUUGUUAGAUGAAAAACGGUUUUCAUCUAAUAAGUGAGAUCCUAAUUACAAAUUCAAGUCAAAACACAACAAUAUACUAUAAUAAUAUAUAUAAGCCAAUGAAAUGUUUUCGUUUGAGAUGUUGUGAAAACAACUCGUUUCUCGUGUUUCAUCAGGGGACCAAACACUCGAAAACAAUAAAACACUCGCGCUUCGCGCUCGUGUUUCAUACAGUUUUCUCGUGUUUGGAUCCCCUGAUGAAACACUCAAACUCGUUGUUUACAUAUAACAUGAAACUUCCAAAUUACGCAAGGUAGUUUCUUUCGUGUUGUACUGUAUAAUACAUGAUAGAUGAAGAUCGACGUCAAUUGUGCAAUAAUUUUCCAUCUACAUCACUAACGGUACCACGGUCUAAAAGUGUUCCGAUUUUGUAUCCAGUAAACGCAAUAAAGGUGUCUUAUAAUUAACAGUUGGCUGUUCGCAUUUUAAUAAUUUUAAUAAUAAUGUUAAAAUCUUCCUUCUGUUUAGAUAUUCCUUACCUUCGUUGUGUGACUCGGCUGAGGCUUGCAUGAGAGCACUGCUUGGGGAUGAGGUAAAGUUUCUCAAUCAUUUAUAUUGUCACCAAUUCCACUUUACUACCGACUCUACUGUAGGCACGUAUGAUAUUUAACAAUUAUUGGAUGAAGUUGGACGUUCGUUUUAUCAACCAAAGCCGAAGGCUGAGAUUGAUAACAUAAACUAAGAGCUUUAUGCUUCUUCGUGUUAUGCGAAAACCAAACUCAAUAAUUGUUUCAUUAUAUAUAAGCCAAAAAGACAUCCGCACCAAUGACUAUAGUUCUUUUAUGCAGCCUAUCUUUUCUUGUUCCUUUCACAAGUAUACGUUUAGAUGUUUCAAAACCUUCGUAGCUGUUUCCGUGGAAACCUUUGUUUCCUAAAUCAAAUUUUACCUACAUCCAUAGUUCGAAUAUUUACACCGAAUUGCACUAGAUCUAGUUUUUUUGGCUUCAAUAAUUUUGCACUACCCUUAGCCAUCAGAUUUGAGAUUUUUUUAUAAACUCAUUGAGAUAGAUAUUUGAUUGAAAGUGUAAUGCAACUCAUUGGAAGUCAAGAGUUGACAUUGCGAUAAUACUCAAGCUGACAGUUUCAGUCUGGUAAUUUGCACCACAAUUACACAUAUCGUGUUUCUGAUUUACUCUGAGUGUGCAUCCACACCGGGCAAGCUGAAAAGUUUGCCUGACCACAGUGGGAAUCGAAACCGCAACAUUUGGGAUGCUAGUCCAAUGCUCUGCCAACUGAGCUACGCGCGAGGUCAAGUCUGUUCGAGUUAGUGAUAUUUCGGAACUGUUAGAAUACAUUGAUAUCGAAGGAACUAGACUCAGUUUCGAAACUCGAACCGACUUGAUCUUGUAGCUCAGUUGGCAGAGCAUUGGACUAGUAUCCCAAAGGUCGCGGGUUUGAUUCCCACCGUGGUCAGGCAAACUUUUCAGCUUGCCCGGUGUGGAUGCACACUAAUAGUAACAUCGCAAACAUCAUAUUCACCUGAGUACAUAACACCAACAAACACAAAAAAAUUACACAUAUUAUUAGCCCAUUUCUACACUUACAAUAUGAAUAUUUUAUCACUCCCCAAAUAGUUACCUCAACUGUCAGAAGAACAUCUACGCAAUCGUCCAAAUGGAAACGCCAUCCAAUCAUUAGAAAGAGUAUUAGCCGUCCAUAGCAAGUAUUGGACUUCGUUGAAACGCACUCAGAAUCAAGUACAAUAUUCCAUACUCGAGGGGAAGAUACGAGAAGAAGAAGAAGCAGAGACUGUAUCGGCACUGACCUCUCUUUCUUUGCAAGUAGCAGACGGGAGUGUUAAGUAAGUCCAAUGUCUUUUAUAUUUAUGACGUUUUUAAAUGGAUGUGAGACCCUGUACCACCAAAUUCCUAAUCCGUAUGAUAAGCAUUUAUAAUCAGCACAUACUACGUGGUGGUUGUGCUUUUUCAGUGAUUGUGUAGGCCGGCAUGUUCUUCCAUAAUGGGUCUUUUGGACAACACUUUGCAAACAAAUAGUGCCAUCCAGUGAUCUACUGUAAUGAUCGGAUUUUUGCACGGGCUAUUUACCAAGCCUAAAAAUAUUUUUUCAUGGGUGCCGGAUAUUUUGUCAGGCACCAAUUGGGUGGUGACUGACACUUCUCACUGCUGGACAUCACAAAUGUUGUGGUAAUAUUAUAAUAAUGUAAGAAGCCAUAUUAAAAAAAUAAUUCACAUGUGUCCGCGGCCAGCAAAAAGAAAAAAGAGACUAAGCGAAUUGUGUUGUGACCUGAAGUUUUCACAGGAAAUUUUCAUGGUCUUAUUUGUAUUACAUUGUGCACUAUGGCUAGCUAUUGCUUACUUUGUAAAGGAACAAAAUGUAUUCAAAGUAUAUAUCUUUCACUUUCCCAUCAAUGUAAUUAUAGCAUUAUCAGUGUACCAGGCAGAACUGUCCGGCAAGAAAAGCAUUUUAACGGACAUUUACCCUUUUUGUGUCAGACAAUGUUUAUGUCCGGCCACUUAUUCUCAGGCUUGCUGUGUACCAGAGCUAAUGAAGGCACCCCCUUCAUUUCAAUUCCCUUAACCACAUGGAGGCGAAAUCCUGCAUCUGUUAAGACCUAAUCUCAUUCACCAAGAGACAGACCAUUUUUAGUAGCAUGGAGUUCCAUAUGUAGGAAAGAUUCUUCCAAAUACAUUAGUACGAGUAACAUUGUGUCGAGAGGGUUAAUGAAAAACCCUGUUUACCUCGCGUCCCGCUUUUGGUAUAUGUUUUAUUCAAUUAUUUGAAAUAUUUUAAAUGUUCUAUUCUUGAUUUUCCCCCAGGAAUUCUGACGUGACAAUGGAAGAUAUGGAGCCAUGAAGAUUUGCAAGAUAAGCAAAUCUUGUCGAUUUUGUCAAACUCAAUCUCGUUGGCUCAGGCAAGAGACAAGAAUGGCGUCUGGCAAGAAUGGCGUCUUUGUGCUUUUCCGAAAAUCCGUAGACAAUCGCUAGCAUCUUGUAGAUUUAAAAUGUUUGAAUGUGGAUGGUUUGCUUCAAGGAACUACAAUUGCUGAAAAACGUAGAGCAUGCAAAUUCCAACAAAAGGUUUCAUGAGUAAACGUACUCAAUAUUUGAGUAAAAUUUCACAUUUAUUCAAAUUUACUUUACUCAAAAAAUGAGUCAAUUUGCUCAUAAAUUUGAGUGAUUUCAAAGUUCAAUAUACUGUAUAGUCACUAACCUUUGCUGGAAACGUUUCACGCUCUAUCUUUUUCAGGUAGUUUCUUUUAUAAUCAGUGACACGAAUUAUUUGGUUGAUGAUUUGGGUAUGCCACAUGUACUGUGCAAUCUAACAGCGGGUUGUACAGUGUGCAGUACAUGACAUACAUGACUUGCAUUCACGUUAGUUUUACCACAUGUUCUAUUACUUCUAUAAUUCAGCAUUAUAGAAUCUUCAAAAAUAAGCAUGUCAUAUCUCUGUGCAGUCCCACUAUAUUACGCAUAAACAUGACGUUGUACAUGACGUUGCAUGCAAUAUCACAGAAUCGAGACCAAACAGAAAGUCGACUCAGCCAAAAAAGCGUAACCGCCGGCACGCCAUCAUUCAGAACGAUUCGAAAUCAAAAUGCAAUCGUCAUGCUCCUAGCCAGUGUGCUUAUGAGAGACACCCACCCCCUCAACGUCCGACAUUUUGAAUAUUUUCACUGGGAUGAAUGCCCAUCGCAAGCGCACUGGCUAGGAAAUUGCAACGGUUACGCCUAAAAUCAUAGGCGAAUCCAAGAAGUCUGCUUUCUGUGUAGUCUCUAUUCUGUGGCAAUAUAGUGCGACUCCACUGGGAGAGAGACGUGGGGCAAGUCUAUUUCAGAGUGAAAAAUACGGCAUUAAUAUGACGUCAAAAUGUGGCCGCGAAACCGAUGCGAGCGAUUUUCUAAGGAUUUUCUAGAAAUCGACAAUGUACAGCAUACAAGCGUGCGUGGACAAAAUCUAAUUCAAUGGUAUAUUAUAUAUAGUUCUAACGAUACUAAGUUGCAUUUGAAGUAACUUUAGAGUAACAGCUUCGAACAAUACAUGUAAACAUUCAAAUCAAAUGUAGAUUAUAAUUUUAGCGUAAUAUAAUGUAAAUUCCUAUUAUGAAAAAUCGGGAAAAACUAAUUUGAUCCAUUUUUCCAUGGCCCGGGAUACUUUCUAGAUCUCAGACACUCAGUUGGUAUUUUAAGAAAACACUUUCAAACAAUACUUGGAAAUCUAUUGAUAUCCAAAAUGAACUGUAAGUUCAAAUUUAACCGCAACGUAAAUUAGAAUUAUUGGGGCGCUUUCCAUUUAAUGGCCUGACCGGGCAGACCCGAAUUUUUGUCUCUGUAUCUAGC